GAAGACUUUUCCUCGGAGCUGCUGCUGCUGCUGCUGCUGCUAAGUCUCCGAUCCCGACUGUGAACAGGGUGGGUUGUCUUCUUCUUCAAAGAUCUCGGGUCUGAGUGAGUCUCCGGUGUACGUGUAUAUACGUUACCUCUAACAUAUAUAAUAUAUUACAUAGCUAUUAGUCUACCCCCCCCCCCGAAAGUGGCCAAAGUCUUUAAUAGGAGUUGCUCUAUAUGUGGAAGCGAAGAAAUCUUCUUUCAAGUGGAGCUGCAGUUUUGCUGAAUAAUCACGUGUGAGUUAGGGGCGGGCUCUUGGCAAGGAGGUUUUUUACGAGUAUUUACUACAAGGUCUACUCCAGAAGAUUAACCAUCCCAAUCCUUCUGUCAGUCUCCGAUGCCAUGCCUGGUUAAAAAAAAAAAAAAAAAAAAUCUCAUCUUUUUUCCGAUCGUCAGUCACCCUAAAGAAUGGCCGAGCCUUCUGGGAACGAGCUGGCGUCCGCGGCUGCCAAGGGGGACCUAGUGCAACUUACUAAUUUGUUGCAAAAGAAUGUAAACGUCAAUGCACAAAAUGGAUUUGGGAGGACUGCGCUGCAGGUGAUGAAGCUCGGGGACCCCAAAAUCGCCAGGCGUUUGCUCCUCAGCGGGGCCGACCCCAACCUGAAAGACAGUACCGGCUUCGCCGUCAUUCACGACGUAGCCAGAGAGGGGUUUGCGGACACUUUGCAGGCUCUGCUGGAGUUCCAAGCCGACGUGAACGUGGAGGACGACGAGGGCAACCUGCCCCUGCACUUGGCGGCCCGCGAGGGCCACGCGCGGGUGGUGGAGGUCCUGCUGGCGCGCGCCGACUGCAAGGUGGGCCACCGCAACAAGCGGGGGGCGACCGCCUACGACCUGGCCAAGCUCUACAAGCGGUCCGCCGUGCUGAAGCUCUUGGAGGACAGCCGCCGCUGCCCCGCGCCCGCGGAUUGAAGCCCGGCUCGGACGCGCUCUCCUCUGGACGUUAAGGCUUUCGGCCGCCGCCUUUUUUGCCCUUUUUUUUUUCUUUUUCUUUUUUUUUUUUUUUUGGUUUUUCUCCGCGCUCCUUUCUGAUAACGUUUGUUGCAACCUUACUUCUAUUUUUUUUUUUUUUUUUUUUUUUUGAACGGCUGGUAGCUUAAGCCUAGAGGUGGGUUUGGAGAAAAUGGCAACGGUCUAAACCCGCGCUCCCAGCAACUUCUUACACCUGCCAUUUACAAAAUACUCACAGACCCAGCCGCGUCUCUGUCGGUCGCUCACGCCUAGUUUUCCAGUAUCGCGUUUUACAACUUAUUUUAGGUCUUUCGCAUUAAGUCAUUAACACAAGAGCUACAUAUGCACAAGCUUAAUGUCGCCGGCCCUUUUUUAAGCAGAGCUUGAAGUCGAAGGCUCCUUGGCCUGAGGACAGGGGAUGGCGCUUCGGGGCUUUGGGUAAUAGCUGCAUUUUGACACUAACGGGAGCUUGUAGAAGUAGGUCGCUUACUUUCCGAAUGUAGAUGACACUUUCCCCCUCUGUGUAUUUAAACUUUCACCAAGCUGGUUUUGAAUUUAGUUACCAGAAACAGCGUAAGUGGUGUUUUCGUGAUUGCCAGAGGUUUUAAACAGCUCAGUUUGGUAGUUCGUGUUUACUGUGCGCUGAACAAGGCGUUUUUUCUAGUUUCAAAACAAGCAGCAGAGAACCAUUGUCAGAGGCAAGAGGACACGAAGGCAGCAAUACAACAAGUUUUCUGGUCGCUUCGGAAGCUGAGUGCAGUUUAGAUGCUCUUUACGAAAUUUUUGCUUUCCACCGACUACUCUCUUUUGCCUGGAAAUAAACUAUUUUAACGAUAGAUGCGUCUCACAAAACAGGAAUGUUUGAAUACGGUGACAUUUAGGAAGCAGCACGUUUGAUAGUCGGGAAGUUAUGUUAUUGCUUGCACGUAAAACACAAUUUAACCAUUGAAAAUUUUCCAUUGCAAUACAGCCGCGAGUGUUCAUCAGACCCAAACUCCUUUACCUCUCCGGCUACAACAGGAGCUAACGAUGCUCAGCACAGCAUGGAAAGAAGUUUAGUAUGAAACUUUUAACAUUUGUACAGGAUCUAGUUGUUGGACAGAUGGGCAGUGUAAAGUGCUUUACUUUGAAUAGUCUAAAUUUUAAUUGCGCAAAAGAGAAGGUUUUAAAUCAAUGCAGAAUGAAUAGUACUUAAAACAGCACGUAAAAGAGGAGGGGUGUACGUUAGUUUAGAUUUUAACUCUUCCAAAAAAAUAUAUAUAUAUUUUAGCCCCACAAAAUCGGUCGCUACCGUUUUCAAGUAAAAAGUAAUUUGCUGAAACUGUCUGUCACGUUCACUAUACGCUCUGUCACACUGCUGUGUUUUCUGAUUAAAAACCUCUGUGAAAUAUGAA